AUGUCUUCCGUCAGCUCCACUUUCCACAUCCCAUUUCCCCGUGCCUUCCUCCCAGUCAACACUCCCGCGAAGCAGUCCAUCAGCCCUACAGAUGUCCCCGCUUCGCCCGAGUCGGAGCAGCCUGCUCACGGCUUUCUUUCAAACCGACCAGCGUUUGUACCGGGCCACCAAUCGAAGUCUUCAGUCUCCAGCAUCACCAGCACAGCCACGUCCGACGCUGGCACUAUCAGCGCGCCAUCUUCUCCCCCCACAAAGGCUGCCGAUUCACCAAUCCUUGGCCCGAAGGUGUUCACUCCUCUGGCGGUUAACACAAAGCAUGCGCUUCCGCCGCAGAGUGUCAAGGAGAUGAGCGCCAUGGAGAAGGGCGGCUUCUUGUCGAACAGGCACUAG